UAUUUUUAACCGUAUGAGUCUGCAAGUGUAUGAGUGUUCUGCUGUUCUUGGCACAGUUUCUGUUCAUCUCUUGUGGAACAAAAGUAUAUAUUGGUUUAGUUCUCUGUUUUAAAUUCGUCUUUUUUUUAAUUUAAUAUAAUUAUUAGAUCCCCAGUUGUCCAGAAUUAAUUGUGUUUUACUUUUAAAAAUAUAAUUACAAUAAUUUAAAAAUUUAGAGAGCACUAUUUAUCUGAGGAUCGAUUUAUACAUUUUUUACGUAUUUGCUUAGAAUGUUGAAGGUAAAAUCAUUCCUUGGAUUAUGGUCCUUAAAAACAGGCACAUUGUUUAGCGGCAUAUGCAGCAUAGCAUUAGCAAUUUUAACAAUUAUUGUUCUCUUCACUGUGAAUGCCGACUGGAAAACUAUAAUUAUUAAUGUAGACAAAAAUAUAGCUCGUAUUAUUUUCACUAUAUUUCUGUGCAUGACAAUAUUGUAUUCAACACUUUUAAUUAUUGGUACACUAAAGCGAAAGACUUUAUUUAUGCUUCCCUGGGUUACACUAACCAUGGUCGCUAUUCCUGGAAUAUUUAUCAGUGUUUUAUAUACAUCAAUUAUGUUUUUUCUUCAAAAACACAUAAUAGAAGGAGUGAUUUGUCUAAUACUCGGCCUGGUUUUUAAUGUUAUGUGUGCUUAUGGAUGGCUUGUAGUGAACAGCUUUUACAAUCAACUGAAAAUUGAAAAAUCAAGUACUAAAGUGGGACCUUAUGGAAAACCUUACAAUUAUCAGCGACCUUAAGUAUAUUUAUACAUAUACUGAAAAAUACCAUAAAUGCCAUCAUCAUCAUCAUCAUCAUCAUCAUCAUCAUCAUCAUCAUCAUCAUCAUCAUCACCGUUGAGCUGUUUAUUAGACUGUGUGUACCUUUUUUAAAAAAAAAAUCAUUAAUAAAACAAUUUAAUCACGCCCUUUAUUAAAAUGAGCCUACCACAGCUCCAUUUGCGAAAUGGAGAACAACAUUAUUUAUUACUGUCAAAUUAUUUUUUUAUACUAAGAAUAUUUUGAGACAAAUAUAUUUAUCUAUAUCUGCA